CAGUCUGUCGUGAUAGGUUACCAUUCUCUUUUUGCAGACCAUUCGUCUUAGCUCGUCUUCGAUUUUACAAUUGACAAAGAUUACGAUAAUGGGACUUCGUGUUGCAGCCGUCGUUCUCCUGAUCGCAGUAUCGACAGUUUAUUGCCAAAACAUCAUGACUCUGUGCAAACAACUAGAAACAAGAAUAGGGGCAAAUUAUGUCAGGUCGCCAAAGAACUGCAGUGAAUUCUACUUUUGUAACCCCAUGUACCCCCGACCAUUUUCGUGUGGUAAAUACACGGUGUUUUCCCAAGCACUACAAGUGUGUGUGUGGAGGCACAGCCAGUAUGAUGACUGCAACCGUCAUAUUUAUGGAGGAAGAUUCAAUGAUCCUCUCUGUCACCCACACCGAUCUGGAUGUAACCGUGAUCCUCAAGACUGCCAUAGGUUUAUUCCUUGUUACAACGGAACCUCGUAUCCUUCCAUGGCUUGCCAAGCAGACCUUUUUUUUAACGUCCAGCUACAAAGAUGUACCACUCAAAGACAGGCACAUUGUCAGAAACUAUAAAUGGCUUUCGGCUUCAGCAACGAUGACCCAGAUGAUACGUCUUUCGAAGCAGUAAAAUUUAGAUGGUAUGAGACGUUUUGGAGCAGCCAACUUGGCGCCGACUGUUUGGCGUCGCUGAUCCCACGCUGACUUAUUUGACAUGAAAUAUUUUUGAUGUUUCUCUUUUUUCUGUCCUUCUCUCUUCCCCUCUCUCUCUCUCUCUCUCUCUCUCCUCUCUCUCUCUCUCCUCUCUCUCUCUCUCUCUCUCUCUUUGUGUAUGUGAAGAUAUGGAAAACUUUUCUGCCAAUUCCUUUCAACUAAUAAAUUGAAAUGCCAUGCCCCUCCCUUACUUUCCUAAAGGUAUACUUUUGCGCACGCAGUGCGUGCGUUUGUGUGUGUGUAUAUGUGUGUGUGUGCAUCUAGCACCAAAAUGAACUGUUGUCAAAACAGGCUAAAUGUCCAGUCGACCAUGCCAAAUCCUCAGCGCCGAAUCAGCUGCGCCCAGUCGUCCUAUUCUAACGUUUAG